AUGUCUCGGAGGAAGAUCUCGUCCGAGUCCUUCAGCUCCCUGGGCUCCGACUACCUGGAGACCAGCCCCGAGGACGAGGGCGAGUGCCCCCUGGCCAGGCUCUACUGGAACGGCAGCCGCAGCCCGCCCGGAGCGCCCGAGUCGCGCGCGCCCGCCGCCCCGGCCCCAGCCCCGGCCCCGGCCCCGGCCGCGGCCCCGGUCCCGGCUGCGUCCGCCGCCGCCGCCGCCGCCGCCGCCACCGCCGGGGCCCGGAGGGCGCAGCGCCGCCGGCGGGUCAACCUGGACUCGCUGGGCGAGAGCAUCAGCCGCCUGACGGCGCCCUCGCCUCAGACGAUACAACAGACUCUGAAGAGGACCUUGCAGUAUUAUGAACAUCAAGUUAUAGGUUAUAGAGACACAGAAAAGAAUUUCCACAACAUCUCUAACAGAUGCUCGUAUGGAGAUCAUUCCAACAAAGAAGAAAUUGAAGAUGUCUCAGGAAUUCUUCAGUGUACUGCUAAUAUACUCGGUUUGAAGUUUGAGGAGCUCCGAGAACGGUUUGGAGAGGAAUUCUUCAACAUAUGCUUUGAUGAGAAUGAAAGAGUCCUUCGAGCUGUCGGUGGCACGUUGCAAGACUUCUUCAAUGGCUUUGAUGCUUUGCUGGAACACAUUAGAACUUCUUUCGGGAAACAGGCCACCCUGGAGUCCCCCUCCUUCCUGUGCCAGGAGCUCCCUGGAGGUGCUCUGAUGCUCCACUACUUCCAUCCCCACCAGACCGUGGGCUUGGCCAUGCUGGGGAUGAUCAAGGCUGCUGGCAAGAAGAUCUAUCGGCUGGACUUGGAAGUGGAGCAGGUCGUGAACGAGAAAACAUGCUCAGACGGCGCUGACCCGGACAAUUGCAGCUGCCUCAGUUUCUCCAUCAGAGAAUGCGAGAAUAGCAACAGCAGGAAGAACCUUGCCCCGGGGGCCUCGCAGAUGCCCGCAGACCUCAGGAUCAGCAUCAGCACCUUCUGCAGGGCCUUCCCGUUCCACCUGAUGUUUGACCCCAGCAUGGCCGUGCUGCAGCUGGGGGAAGGCCUGAGGAAGCAGCUCCGCUGCGACCCCCACAAGGCGCUCAAAUUCCAGGACUGCUUUGAGAUCGUGUCUCCGAAGGUGAACGCCACCUUCGAAAGGGUCCUGUUGCGGCUGUCCACCCCUUUUGUGAUUCGGACCAAGCCCGAGGCCUCUGGCACUGAAAAUAAAGACAAGGUGAUGGAAGUCAAGGGACAGAUGAUCCAUGUCCCGGAAUCGGAUUGCAUCCUCUUCCUGGGCUCUCCGUGUGUGGACAAGUUGGAUGAACUCAUGGGGCGAGGGCUGCAUCUCUCGGACAUCCCUAUCCAUGACGCCACUCGAGACGUCAUUCUGGUGGGUGAGCAGGCCAAGGCCCAGGACGGCCUGAAGAAGAGGAUGGACAAGCUCAAGGCCACUCUGGAAAGAACACACCAAGCCCUGGAAGAAGAGAAGAAGAAAACGGUGGACCUCCUCUACUCCAUUUUCCCCGGCGACGUAGCCCAGCAGCUGUGGCAGGGUCAGCAAGUCCAGGCCAGAAAGUUUGAUGACGUCACCAUGCUGUUUUCGGACAUCGUGGGCUUCACGGCCAUCUGUGCCCAGUGCACUCCCAUGCAGGUGAUCAGCAUGCUCAAUGAGCUCUACACCCGCUUCGACCACCAGUGUGGCUUCCUGGAUAUUUACAAGGUGGAAACAAUAGGUGAUGCUUACUGUGUGGCUGCAGGCCUGCACAGGAAAAGCCUUUGCCAUGCCAAGCCCAUCGCUCUGAUGGCCCUGAAGAUGAUGGAGCUCUCAGAAGAGGUGCUGACGCCAGACGGCAGACCCAUCCAGAUGAGGAUCGGCAUUCACUCGGGCUCUGUGCUGGCCGGAGUCGUCGGGGUGAGGAUGCCUCGAUAUUGCCUCUUUGGAAACAACGUCACUCUGGCAAGCAAAUUUGAAUCAGGAAGUCAUCCUCGGCGCAUCAAUGUCAGCCCAACCACGUACCAAUUACUGAAACGGGAAGAAAGUUUCACAUUCAUCCCUCGGUCUCGGGAAGAGCUUCCAGACAACUUUCCAAAGGAAAUCCCCGGGAUCUGCUAUUUCCUGGAGCUCAGGACUGGGCCGAAGCCCCUGAAGCCUUCCCUUUCCUCCUCGAGAAUCAAAAAGGUUUCCUACAACAUCGGCACCAUGUUCCUCCGGGAGACCAGCCUCUGAGGCCCAUGGCCAGCCACAAAGACCCCUCCCAAAAGCACAAGCCCAAAUCUUGGGUCACGACGGCAAACGUGGAAGAAAGGUUUCGCCCCCGCUGCUUCAGGAGACGAGAGCAGCGGGGCUCCUGUGCUCUGCCAGGCAAUAAUCCCAGAACCAGGUGGGUGAGGACGCCAGCCGACUGGCAAGCAGGGGCUGGGCUGCGCCCUUCCACGAGUGCUGUGCUGUCUGUCCAUCUCCGUGCGCUUCUGUUCCCGUCGCAGCCCCUCUCCAGGGAGAGCAGCGUCUGGAGCGUGUGUUCCCUGCGUCUCCUGUAUCAGGCACUGGUCUCUCCCUGCAUCCUUGUACUAUACACAUCCAGCUUCAAUGGCAUAUUCCUACAUUUAGUGAGUCCGUGUGAGGAAUAUUUUCUAAUUUUUUUCUUUUUUUUUUUGAACAGACAUUUCAUACACAGGGCAGUGUGGUAAACUUCUCAGCAGGAAGAACUGUAACUCAACAAAAUAUUUUAGGGAUAUUAACCUAUUUUUAUACAUCUCUUCUUCUAGAUAACUACAUUUCACAUAUUAUUCACUUUUGGGAAUCUGCUACUGUAUAGUUAAAAUGUAUGUAAACCUAACUUACCAAUCUAAUAUAGUUUUCACUUGUUUAGUGCUUGAAUUGAGAAUACGUAUAACCAAGGGUUUCAGAUGCAGAGAAAGCAAUGUAUGUCUGCUUCGUAAAUAUAUCUCUUCUCCUUCAUUACUGUAGCAUGGAAUCCAGAGGAAAUGAAAUUUCCUAAUAGUUGUCUUUUGCCAUCUUCUAACAAGUACCAGUUAAGAUGAAGUGCUUUGUUGCAUAGCAUUAUUAUAAACUUAGCACUUAAAAAAGAAGUAAUUUUUUGCAACAUGCUAAGCUGCAUUCUAUCCCACAGCACCCUCCUGAAUGACAGUUCUUCUCUUUCACUUCCCCAGUGGGGGCAUAAACUCCUGGACAUGGCAGUAGUGAAAAAGAGGUGCCCAACAUCUUGCUAAGAACACUGUUUCCUUUUGCAUAAUCCAAAGCAAGGGGAAACUUGUACUCAUGGUCUUGAAGUUUUAAGCUAUUCUUCAGUCUGCUUGAUGUGGGUUUUAAAAUCAUUGACUCACCUUCAUCAACAGUGAAGUAGGUCUGACUCUCAGACCGAAGCUCCUUCACAUGUUGUGCCAAAAUAAACACUGCACAAAAAAAAAAAAAAAAUCACCCGCUCACCCUGAAAUUAGGAGCACAGUGCUCAGAGUUCUACACUUGGGGAUUGUAUGUAAAACAUGUGAAUUGAAGUUAAUGAGUCGGAAGCGUUUGUUUCCUGGGGGGAGAUUUUUCUUACCUUAGUAAUAUACUCAUUGGUAGCUGUUGUCUGUCGCUAUAGUGUAUUUUUCUGGGUGGGACUUGGGCCAUGGCAUGUCACUAAGUUCAAAGGACUAACUGGUCUCUAUCGGUGUUUUCAAAGUCUUUACGAAUGUGACUAGGAAACAUGUGUAGAUGGUCAAGGUCUCUCCCUGUUGGCUUCUGUUCUUGCCCUGAUAUAGCCCCUUCGCCCGGAGAUGCCAAGUCUCUGCGCUAACCACACAGAGUCCCAGGCGGCCCUCGAGAGAGUGUUUCCUGCAGAGGGGAUGCUGGGAGGUAGAGUCAGUGAUGGGGAGUGUGUCACUGUCCCUCACAGAGCAAUAGGCAAUUUUUUAGCUAACCUGCUGGGUCCUUGGGUCCUUGGAACACGGGCCGAAAAUAUGAACACUGCACGUUAUGAUUUAGCGCCUCUCUCUCUCUCUCUCUCUCUCUCUCUCUCUCUCUCUCUCUCUCUCUCUCUCUCUCUCUCUCUCUCUCUCUCUCUCUCUCUCUCGGCUGUAGGUAACAUGUGUCAGGUCCUUAGGCUAAAAGACAUACAGGAAGCUGCCAGUUUUCAUUUCCUCUUUCUGUCGAACUUUGAGCAACCACUCUAAACAUAUGGGUAUUCCUUCUCUAUUGUUUGAGUAUACUUGGGAAGCAUGUUGUCAAAGCAUCAAUGAAAAUCCUAUUAAUUUUCUGGCAAGAGGGCCAAAGAUAAGAAUUAUAUAGACAUUUAAUUUGUCAGUUGUAUCUCAAAUUCUUUCUUAGAUCACAUAAUUUACUUAGAGAACAUCAGUCAUUUACACGAGCUCCACACCAGAGUCCUGAUCUGUCAUAAACGUUCACUCUGACUGUCUCAGAGGUAGUGGUAUGACUACUAUUAUCGUUUUUGCCAACCUAGUACUGUUUAUACUGUGUUGUGAUAAGCGCUUACAAGGUUCUGCAUAAAAUGGGGGCUGUUGUGUGGCCAUAGAGCUUCAGAGCUGUAAAGAGCAUUUUUAUUUGCCUACAUAUAUAUUCCUCAUAUCCUCCAUAUCUAACAAUGGAAGGUAAUUGGUAUUUUCAUCUAACUAUGUUCUCCAAGUGUUCUUCAGACUAUUUUGUAUAGCUUGUAGUUUGUGUGGCAGAUAAGAAAUUUUAAUGCUAAAAAUGGAGAAGAGGUAAAAACUGGAGAAAUGACCCUCACUCACUCUAAAAGAGAUGCUUUUAUACAGAGGAGCUGUGGAUUCCAAAUUAUAUUUUAAUAUCCUUUUAAGAAGUUAGUUUGGAGAAAUUGAUUUAUAACUAGUAAUCAGUAUCAAACCUUUCUAUUCACAUUAGUAUUAUUUUGAUGGAAAUACACAUCAUAUGCAAAUAAAUUAACUAUCUAAUGAAGCGAGCAACCUCCAUGUACCUGAGCAUACUGCACAGUCAGUUCUCUAUGGGCCUUAGUAAGUAGGUCACAAUGGCCACAAUCCAAAGUAACAGUGCCCCAGGUUAGGAGAAGAAGCAGAUGGGCCCUGGCUGGGGACUUUGACAGGAAAAGGGAAGACAGAACCUCUAAGUAGCAAAGCACGUGGCCCAGCCCACAAUUGCCUUGAAAUCAUCUUUCUCUGUUAGACUCCUGUGUGUGGAGCCCUGUGAAUUUGAUGUAAUACUUCCAGUAUUGCCUCAUGGUCUCACACUUGUUCUUGCUACUAUCCCGAGGCAAGUUAGUGCUUAUUUAAGAAGUUACAGAAACAAGUGCUUCCCAGGAAAGCAGAACAAUAACUUAAAAUCUUAUGCACAAAUGUACCAAGUCUUUAAUGAUGAAAGUUCCACCAGUAAAACUGAAAUGACACACAAAUCUAGGGCCAGAGAGAAAGUACAACAGGUGGGGCACUUGCUUUGCACGGAGCCAACCUGGUUUAGAUGCACAGCACUCAUAUGGUCCUCUGAGCACCAUUGGGUGUGGCCCCCAAACUAGAAAUACAAAACUGCAAAUCCACAAAGAUUUUCCAAAAGAACCAGACUCUGUUUUCUACAGUUUUCUCCACUUACCAAAUGUGCAGGACCCAGAGCAAGCUUGAGGCUCUGUCAUAGGAAUAAAUGUCGCUUGUCUGGGUCACUGAAAUUCUUAGGGUAGGCAUGUCAGUUGUCAGGGCCAAGUCUGAGCCUACAGACAGGGCUCCAAUUUAUUCUGCAUUUGGAACACUUAGCCCCCACCCAGACCUGCUCUGUCUGCAGAAUCUUUAGAAGUCUUCUUGGCCCAUCAAACACCAUCGUUUCUCUACCUGGUAUGACUACAGAAAGGAGAAGCCACAGAACUCUAGGUCACUCUGACAGUGCACCCAUGAAGUCACAGCCAUUUUCUGUCGUUGAGGGCCAUUUCAUACACACACAAUCUCUUUCUCUACUUUUUUUUUCAAACUAUGAUCUGAUUCUAAGCAUAUCCUAUGAUUUUACUGAGUAUUCCUUCCAAAUAAAUUAAUUUGACUCUACAUGGGCUCUGAGUAACAUCAGGUGCCUUUCAACCAACAAUAUGUAGCAACUCAAGUCCAAGAACAGAGUCUUAUAUUGUAAACUGGACAUUUCUAUUACUUAGGCUGCAAAAAUGUCACUUCAGAGGCAUAUACACACAUGUAUCUUAUUAGCUAGAGCCUGAAAAUAUCAGAAUUAUUAAAAGUUUACUAUAUUCCAGCCUGAAUUCUUUAUGUGGCUCUUGAUAUAAAUAGACUUAGUUCACAACCAGCUGAUUUAAUGCACUGAACACAUUUUAUUGUUCACUGGAUAAACUGUCCUUAGCUAUGGACAAUUUUACAAUUCUACAAUUUCAGCUAUGGACAAUUUUACAAUUUCAGGAUCCUCGUGGUGGUGAAUAAAUAACAGAUAUUAACAUUUUCCGAUUAACAUAGACCUUCACCGAGUAUAUUGAGAUAGUGUGCAAAAUUCCUUCCUCACACUUGCUUCAAACUGUCAAAGCCAGAGUAUUAGUGUCCACCAUCCUGCAUCCUUCCUUCAUUCCUCCUCUUUUCAUUAGAAAAAUGCUCACUGAUACAUGUGUGACAGAUGGAGGAUUAGCAGCCAUCUCUCACAUUUUCACAAAGGUUUAGUUCUCUAAAGGUGAUGGAUGUUCUCGGUUGGUAUAUAUAAUCUUGUUGAAAGCAGGUGUUCCAUGGUUAAGAGAAGGGCUUUUUGGAAGUGUGUGGAAUGUCGUUGUUAAGUUUCUGUUUGGUUUGUGGUAUGUUGUAGCCAGAUCACUGCUUCAGUUCAGUUCUUCACUGCCAUCUCAUAUUUACUGAGAAAUGAUCCUGCCAAAAUGGCCAACCCAUGCAGUUCGUAGUAUCUGGCAGGCUUAGUCAGAAUCUGGGCAGCCUUCCGGAGAUGGCAAAAGGACUUUGUCUUCAGAGAAACUCAGUGGGUCUCAGGUAUGGCUAGUAAUCUGUAUUUAGAAAAUCACUGUAGGUAAUGCUAAUUUACAUUCAGAGUUAGGAAUCACCUAGGAGUAUCCAAAUCAUCCCAAUUACUAGAAAUAAAUACAGGAUGUCUGGCACAGCAAUCGAUGAGUACACUUAUAGAUAUUUUAGAAAGUUAGGUAGUCCAAGCUUCACAGAACCAUUAUUUCUUUCACAAUUUAUGGUCUUGUGUUUUGGUUUGUCUUUGUUUUGUUUUUGCGCAUGAUUCAUCAAACAUACUAGAUGCAUAGAAAUCAAUAAGCAUGAGGGAUGAAUAUUGCUCACUAUAGGGCUAUUAGGCUGACUAGAAAUGGUCGCACUUUCUUAGUUACUGCCAGGGCUGUGAAGUCCAUCACAGCAUUUACUGAUCCUCACCACUGAGAGCUAUGAAGUAGGAGCUUCUGGAUUGAGAAACAAAUGUCAAACAGCCUUAUUUCUGAAUGAAUGCUCUGAUUUUCAUAUUAUGAAAAAUCACCAAACUAAUACUCUUUCAUUCAUACUUUUUCACGUUGAAUUGUCCGUUAAUGUAAGAACUAUUUCCUAGCAAUAUAACAAUCUUUCAAGCAAUAAUUUAAGCCAUGGUGAUCACCAUAUGAAACUUGCACUUCUGUGCAUAGAGCUUUAGGAAAAUGAACACAUGAUUUACAUAAGCAAUAAUAAAGCUGGUGUGAACUUUUAAAAGAUACUCAUCUUUCCACUGUAGUAAAAUGAUAUCAGCAAAUGAUAUAUUUGAACAUAUUUCAGAAGUUACUCAUCGGCACACAUAAAGAUUAUAAAGUAUAAUCUGCCCAGAUUAUUUCUGUUCUGUGGUUUUUAAAAUGCCUAUAUGAUUUCUAUAUCUUUCAAGAGAUUUGUGUAUAUAUGUGUAAUGUUGCCCAGAGUUUUAGAUCUUGGUAGUGUCUCAAGGUAAAAGAUAGAGGAAUCAGUAAAAGUAUAUUGCAGAAAUAUAUAUGGAGACAGGGUAAGGGCUUCGAACCUGAGAAAUUAAAGAUAAAAAGAGCUUUAAUCAGUUUUCUAAGAUGGAGAAUUUAGUAUGUAUAAAAGUAUGUUGGUUUCAGAAACUGAUCAGUUGAAAGUAGUAAAUGUUGGAUAUGAUUAUGUUAUUCAUUGAAAAGAACCUGCCCUUCUGAGUUAUUUUGAUAAUAGUACUAAAGUUUUCAGAUUUCAAAGUGAAAAAAUUGGUACCUUUGUCUUAAAAUACAUUUUUAUUAAGUGCAGCAUAACCAACAAUAGUCUUUUCAUGGUUAAAUUACCCCUCCACCAUUCAUAAAUAUUACAAUUAUAGCUAAAAGCAACUUAUAAACUCAGAGUAUUUUUUUAAAGAAAAAAAAGUUUAGAUACAUCCUCAAACCUCAGAUUAUGGCUUCUAUUAUCACCAACCUGGACAAACUCUUCUAUCCAUGAAUCUAAACAAACUUAGGGAUGAACCUUGAAUUUUUAGAAUUACUUUACUUUACUCAUAAAAAAACUUAAGUUAGCAUCCUCCUGCUCACAGUCAAACAGGACUAUUGGUUCAUUGAGAAAGUUUUUGAUAUUUAUCUUUUCAUAUGUCUUUGGAUGCUUAAGCCUUAAUAGGCAUGCUUUUGAUUCAUAAAGCACAAAAUUCAAAUAUGCUGAAUUAUACCAAAUUGUCUUUUUAGUUCUCCCAGGUUUUUGAUCAUAUCAUCUUAUUAUCAGAAAUAAUUGCUAUUGCUUAUUAUUUGAAAGUAGAAGAUGCCAGAAAAACUGAAAGGCAAGCUUAAGAUUUUUUUCUGAUUCCUUUUAUAUAUAAUUUUAAAUAAAUUAGUUUCUAGUCAGCCUUCCCCUGUACCCUUUCCACUGUUUGGAGAUAAGGGGUUUCUGCUAAACAUUUUUUACUGGAGUCUGUUCAAUGCCAUUAAAUAAAAGCCGGGUAGAAUAUUUUAUUUGGGGAAAAACUAAAAAGUGCAGAUGUUCUUUUCUGUACUUUUUUUUUUGUACUUUUUAAGGAAAAAUCCUCCCAUUUUGCUGUUUGGCAACUAUCCAAGAGAUUUGGGUGAGAUAAGGGGGAAGGACUUCAGAUGGUACUGAGCAAAGAGAUUUAAUUUUCUCUUCCUGAGGUAACACUUAAAGGAGAGACAGUUUCCAUUAAAGACAUUCCUGGCAUAAGCCAAGACAAAUGAUGGCUCUGAUUGUUGGUCGUUCCUAUUUCUGAAAGAAAUGAAAACAGCCUUCACAAGCCCUUUUCUGUCUCCUGGGAGCCAGUGGCAUCCUCCACAGCUGCACAAGUCAGCAGGACCAGGAUUAGAAACUCAGCCACAGAUAAAGCUAGUUUGGGUUGCAGUGAUGGAGACAGAUGAAGGCCUCGGAAGAUCUAGACUGAAGAACAAAAGGACCGAAUCCCAGCUCUGUGGUGUGCUACAAGGGAGUGGGUGAAUCUGAAUGAUCCUUAGGUGCAAGUGAAAGAGACAGAGAAGUUUCUUCCUUUCAAACAUGCCUGCCAGAGAUGCUACUCUGUGAAAGAACACAAUUUGAAUUUAGAAUUCCUCUGUAGUCAUUCUGAAACUUAGCUAAUUUUUCUCUGGCUGGAAAAUUUAGUCUCUUCUGGGAAAUACUUAUUCCAUGUCCUAAAUCUGUAGAAAUUCUUUUGGGAGGGAGCUACAUAAUAGUCAAUGUCUUCGUCAUACUAUUGUCAAAUUCUUAUUGACUGCUAGCAAAUUAAGUAUUUGGAUUUAGAAUACAAAGGAGCUUUUGAAUCCCCAGACCUGUCCAUCUCCUUCAGAGAGCUGUCCAGAGACAGGGUGCUGGGCAGUGGGCACAGUGUCUGAUGUGUCCAUGAGAGGUGGACCCAAAGAACUCUUCUUAUUUAAGCCACCUCUCAGCCUUUCAAGUCUCUCACUGACAUCUGAUUAAUCCACCAGUUUGCUUAGAAUAAAAGUUUUCAAAGGGGGAAACAGGCAAUUCUAAAUCAGAAUGAGGACAAAAUUAUAUUUUCUUGAGAAAGUCAACUUGUUCCUAGCCAAAAAUCAGGAUAGUAGAGGCUUUUGAAACUUCCAGAACAUUUCAGUUCUACAGAUGGAUUUCUUAAGGUUUUAUAUCCCCUAGAGAUAAUGCAUAAUUAUGAAUUACAUUAUUUUCUCCUCAUGUUUUACUUGUUAUAGAGGGAAUAAAGAGUAGAACGUCAUAAAUCAGAUAAGCUUAAACUGGCCUGUUGUUUGAAUAUAAACUUGUUUUAAUACAAGUUAAGACUUAUGUUCAGGACCAUAAUUCAGACUUGUUACCAUGAUGCCAUAGAGUGAAGCCUCUCCAGUGUCUCAGAAUAAAAACUAAAUCAGUCUCAAUUUAUGUUUAAAUCAUUUGAAAAAUGAUGGUAGAACCUGUGACUACCAAGGAACUAUCUUCCUAGACUCACUGAGACCCCACUCCUAGAGAAGUUUCCCUUUAUUGCCCCCCAAAAGCAUUUCUUUUGGGGGCAACAUCACUAAUUCUAGAUGCUAGAGGAAGAAUAGGAUUCUUUCCUCAGAUAGCAAUGGUUUAUGUCAGUAUAUUUAUGUACAGUCACUUAAAAUGCUAAAAAAAAAAGUACUUUUUAGGAGUUUUAAGUUCGAAUGUCCAUUGUUAAAGUAAAGCCACAAACUUAAAUGGCCAUUUUAUUAACACAAAAACUGCCACCGAAUUUUUACUGCUAUAAAUUUCCAUGUUGAAAUUAAAAGGUUAACAUUGACUUGGAGACUCUGAUAAAUUGAUUUUGUAUUAUUGGAGUAGGAAGUAUUAUGAAAAAGAAAUUAUGUCACGCUGGGUCAGUAGUACAGCAGGGAGGGUGUUUGCCUUGCACACAGCAGAGCUAGGAGUAACCCCUGAUCAUCGCCGGGUGUGACACCCCCCCAAAAAAGAGAAAUUAUAUCUUAGAAUAAAUCUUACUUUAGCUAAGAAGAUCUAAAAGCACUAGAUGAUAGUAUAAUUAUGUAAUGUGAUCUAGGGAGAUUCUAGAAUAUGUAAAAUUUGCUCUUGCACAAAGAUCAUUGCAAUGGACGGUAGCCAUUGUCAUUCAUAUCUUUUAAAUUUGUCUGUCAGCUGCUAAAAAGGCACUUACAAAAUCUCUGUUACUUGUUAUACAGCUCUACAGUCCUUGUGGCUUUUUCUCACUAUUCUUAACAACACACCAUAUCUAAAAGAAUUCUCAAAUGCGGAUGAAUGUUUGGUUAUUGGAGGUGUCCCAUUUUGUGAGCACCUCUGAAACUCUAGCUGGGUUCCUUAGAACUGUGACAGAAAGGCUCCUGGGUCAAUAUGCUCCAGACAUGGUCUUCAUAUGCGAGACCCUGGGUUUGUUCCCUCCAGAGAAAUAAUAUUAACUGGAAAAGGUUAAUAUUAUUUAAUAGUAAUAACUGGAAAACACUUUGCCUACAUUAAAAUUAUGUCUCUGAACAACCUUGUAAACCUAGAAGAAAUCUAACAAUAGAUGAAAAAAAGAACAACACAGAUAUUUUAGCCUUCUAUUCAUAUUUAACACAUAAAAUUCAUCAUGUCAAAACUCCGAUGAAGCAAAUGUGAAAUAAAAAUCACUCUGAUCAGAAUGGUUUUGGUUUUGUGUGUGUGUCGACAUAACAUGGACAAAAAGAACCUCUUGUAUUAAGUAUGCCCAGGGUUUGUUUUCUCUUAGGAACAUGUGGUACUGUCCUCAUAAUCAUGGUUGGUUAGUACUUGCAGGUGGAGCUAGACCAUGUGGGAUCCAGAUAGCCCAGGUGACAGGCACUUGAAUCGAGAAGAGUUUGGUAUUAGUUCUAGAGAAGAUUUCUGGUGGUAAGAGGUGAAGACACCGAGUGUAGCAAAUCAGGACUAAACAUUUUGUCAGUAACUUACGGCCCUCACUUUUCUCCACUCUUUCUUUCCCUUCCUUCCCUUUUUCCUGCCUUCCGUCUAGCUUUGAUGAGGAAGUCAAAAAUAACAUUUGACUAUUUUGACUGGUGCCUCCUUUUCUCAUUUUCAUCAAAUAGAAAAUUUGGUAGAUUUUAGGGUAAAGAAAAGAAGGUGAGCAUCAGGAUAGUGAUCGUUUGGGUGUAGAACUGACUGCCUAAGUGUGAUAAAAGAAAUAUGGCCCGCUUAAGUGUAUGUUGUUCUUUUUCAUUGACUUUAAACUUUUUUUCAAGAAGUAUUAGGGUUUACCUAUCUGUGUGGGCCAUCUUCUGUUGGGCCCUGUGUCUUAAUGUAGAAAAAUUCUCGUAUCUUCGAAUAGCUGAUGUUUUACUUGGGUGCCACACUGCUAAUGAUUGGAGCAGGAAGAAGCUUGCUUCUAGUAGUAAAGAAGUAAUUUCUAAAACCAACUUGCAGGUAAGGCACUCGUACCAAAUGCUGCUUGACUUGCCUGGGUUUUCUCUCUUGAUAUCCAUCAUUUGUAUUGCUUCCUGUGUGCCCUCCGCUGCUCCAAAUAGUAUGGUGUUUGGGGUUUGAAGUGCGGAAGCGUUUUCCUUGAAUUCUUUGAGUUUACUGAAAAAGCAAUAUACAAUGAAUUCCAUAUUUCUCAGCUAUGCCUUUGACAUUUUAUUACAUAUUCUGGUAGCUAUUUAUAACAAAAUUUUGAUUUAUUCACUAGAGUAUACAAAAAUACUGCAGGUUCGAUAAUUUGGUGAUGUGUCAAGGACUCAGUAAUUUACCAAGCCUAAUCAAAAGCCAUUUUUUUCAGGGACAUUCCAAUAACUUCUCGCAUAAUGUUUGAUUAAGGGAAAAGAAGUCAGUAUUAUACUAAAUGACUACAGAAGACAGGAGUUUCUCCUUCCAUUGUAGGGGAGCCCACCCCAUAAUGAUCCGAAUAAUUGGAACAACCUUUAAAGUAUCUGUUCUCCCAAAUUGAAAUCCUGUUCACAUUUGGUCAGUGUAUUAUGUUCAAACUACUUUAAAAAAUGUCUCCCAUGAUAUACUUGUUUUCCUGAAAAUAAACUAGUAUAGAAAUAAUACAGCAUUUUCCUCUCCACAAAUCAGCUACAUGAAUUUUGGUUCUUAUCAUUAGGAAUUCUUUGUUACAUACCUCAGGGGCCUUCUACUCUUAGGAAGGGAUGAUAAAAUUUCACACACACAUUUUUUUUUUUUACAAAAGCCUUCUAAAGGGAAACAUAGAAAUUUAAUUUAUUUUUCUUUAUCCUACCUUGACAUUUUUAUUUGAAACUGAAAAAUACAGGCAGCUAAUAUGUAAAUUACACCUAUGGAAAUAUUCUUAAUAUGCGUUUUAAAAAAUGUGGCUGAGGAAAAAGAAACAAUUAAGGUGACCGUCAAUAGCUGUGACCCACAGCCUCAUAUUCUCUCUUUGGUUCCCUCCUGCUGGACUGCCCAAGUCCUAAGCUGACAGACCUGGUCCCAUCCUGAAGAGAGAAAGCGCAGCCUCACUGACUACAAGGAGGAAAGGUUAGGUCCAAACAGGAAAAGGUCCUGGGAGAGAAAAACUUUCUGAUUUUGCUUAGAGUUUGACAAACAGGUUGUCUUUGAAACAGAAAUUUUCUUGAGAUUUUUUGCUUUGAGAAUUCUCUAACACUUUCUCUUAACAGCUGCCUGUAAGUUUGGUAAUCAAGUAACAAAAUUGUCUCACUACACUUUUAAGAUGUAAAAAUAUGCAGAUUGUUCUUCAUUUCAAAACCUACCUACCUGGAUUCUGACUCUUCAACUGUGAGUAACCAUUUUACAAACCAAAGGGUCCCAUUUGCCAAACAGUAGUUUAGAUUCAAAGAACCAAACUGAACCAAACCACUUGCCUGCUCAUUUCAGUGCAUGAGAUGGUCAAUGCGUUUCCAACAAUAUUUGGGCAUUCUGUAAUAAUAGAUUCCCCAGCCCACUUAGAAACACAGUUAUAAUGAGCUACACUUUCAUUUACUUGAUCUGCAUGGGGGUUGGUUUUACUUAACCAGUUACCUGAAUUAUUUAAAUGUUUGGGCCAAUUCACCAGCUGUAAUUUCUUGGGUCUAAAUUUUUGGGUUUGCUUGCAAUGUAAAUAAUACUGUUCAUCUGCUAUUUUGCUAUCAGAUUAUACUUUGUGAAUCAUUUCUUUUAAAAAAUCUAGUUGUCACAAAUUAUAUCAUCAAAUAACACCGGGUAAAUAUACUAAUAUAUCUAUAAGGCAUGGUUAAAUUGCAUAUAGUUUGAAAUGUCAGGCUAAUUUUUUUCUUAAGAUGAAUGCAUCUCUUUACCCUGUACCAUUACUUUAAAAGUUUUAUUUGGUGUUUCACAUUUUAAAAUAUUUUCUUUUAUCCAGUAGUACAGAUUUAGAGAAUCUUUCCUGAUUAAAAUGAUUAAAAUAUGCCUCAUUUCACAAGAAUUUAUUAGUACUAGUGUGUGUAGUAUAUGUAAACACUUCUAGGAUUAUAAACACCCACUGUAUCUUCUUUGCUUUGUAUGUAACACUUUUUACACACUUUAUUAUGUUUGUCCUGCACAAUGUAAAUUAGCAUGUUUCAUUAAGCAAAAUGUCUUUGUACUUACAACUGAAGAACAAGGUAAAUGUGCAUAUGAAAAAUAAGUGGUGAAAACCUGGGAUUCAUAUAAAACAAAGUGGAAAUGAUAAUUAUAUGUCAUAUUUACAUGAUCCAUUAAAACUGUUUAAAUCAUACAUUGAUUUACCUUUUAAGUCCAAACUGUCACUUAUAAAAUAUUUAAAUAAAUACUAUCCAAAAUGAUAA